AUGAAGAACGUUGAGCGUGUUGCCAAUGUCGCUUUAGCAGGUUUAACGUUAGCACCACUUGUUGUGAACGUAGAUCCAAACCUAAAUGUAAUCUUAACUGCAAGUCUCACAGUUUUUGUGGGUUGCUACCGGUCUGUGAAGCCAACUCCACCUUCAGAGACGAUGUCUAAUGAACAUGCCAUGCGUUUCCCAUUUGUGGGCAGUGCAAUGCUGUUAUCACUAUUUUUACUUUUUAAGUUCUUAUCCAAAGACUUGGUUAAUGCUGUAUUGACGUGCUAUUUCUUUGUGCUUGGGAUCAUCGCUCUCUCGGCAACACUGUUACCCGCUAUUGCACGUUAUUUGCCGCAGAGUUGGAAUAAGGACCCUAUCAUAUGGCGUUUUCCAUAUUUCCGGUCUUUGGAGAUUGAGUUCACAAUAUCUCAGAUUGUUGCUGCAAUCCCUGGAACCUUUUUCUGUGCAUGGUAUGCAUCAAAGAAGCAUUGGCUGGCUAACAACAUUUUGGGGCUUGCCUUUUGUAUCCAGGGAAUUGAAAUGCUUUCUCUUGGGUCUUUUAAGACUGGUGCUAUCCUUUUGGCGGGACUUUUUGUGUAUGAUAUUUUCUGGGUUUUCUUCACUCCAGUUAUGGUCAGCGUUGCAAAAUCUUUUGAUGCUCCUAUAAAGCUGUUGUUCCCCACAGCAGAUGCUACACGUCCAUUUUCUAUGCUUGGACUUGGUGAUAUUGUAAUCCCUGGUAUUUUUGUUGCUCUGGCUUUGCGGUUUGAUGUAUCUAGGGGAAAACAGGGCCAGUACUUUAAGAGUGCAUUUUUGGGAUACACAGUUGGUUUGGUCCUGACAAUUGUUGUAAUGAACUGGUUUCAGGCAGCACAGCCUGCACUGUUGUAUAUUGUACCAACUGUUAUUGGGUUUCUGGCUGCUCACUGCAUAUGGAAUGGUGAUGUCAAACCACUAUUGGAAUUUGACGAGUCAAAGACACUGGCAACAUCUGAAGAAGGUAGUGAGACUAAAUCCAACAAGAAGGUGGAGUAA